GUUGCGUCGCAGGAAAAGCGUCUCCUUGACAAUGACCAAUAAACCGCAUCAUCUGUAUAGGAGACCCGCAGAGUCAUGCUCUCCAUCUGCAUCCCAGCUUCGGAAAAUAACCGAACAAUAUGAAAAUGAACACGGAUCGUUUCAGCCUCACAGUUGACGAGUAUUUAGCUGACACGAAUGUCCUGUUCUAUCUGAAUGAUGCAGUCACACAGCUGCUUGAACAUAAGGAGGAAUACACCCAGUUUGGUGUGAUCCGGUAUUUUGCAGAAUAUUUUACCAGUGUGAAGAAUGGAAACCAUGUGCUCUUCAGGGAAUUCAAUUACAUCAAGGCAACACCUCAUAACAGAGUCUCCUUCAUUCAUAUCUUCUGGAAAUGCUUUAGACAGAUUGGAAAAAAUGGAGAUUUACUGGCAAUGUCCGAAUACAGUUCCCUUUUACAGCUGUUAUGCACAGACUUUCCUAUUGAGAUGGUACAAAACACAGCCAGGAUUGUUCUGAUGGAUGAUGCCAUAGACUGUCUGAUGUCAUUUUCAGAUUUUAUCUACUCAUUCCAAAUCCAGUUUUAUUAUGAAGAGUUUGUGCAAAGCGUGUCUGUGAUAUACCAAGACCUGCUCUCGGGGAAGAAUCCAAACACUGUUAUAGUCCCAACCUCCACCUCAGUGGAGCAGUUAUCCAGCGCAGCCAGUGAGGAGCAAGAAACACAGAAAGGCGUGGACUCCUCCAUCUUUAGUGAAUGCAUAGAAGCACUUUGCGAGAGGCUCAAACACAAAUAUCCUUCCACUGCUGCUAUUAAAGAGGUACUACAAAGCAGUCAGCAUGUGUCUUUCUAUGGCUUUCUGAUGGCGUUGGCCAAACAUGAGGGAACAAACCAAGAUAUCGGUGCUCUUCCAAAUAAAUCAGACCUGCUAAUUGAUCCAGAAAUGGACCAGGAGCUGGAGAGACUUAUAGCUCAAGUCGCCAUCAGCCCCACAUCUAACAGCAGCAGCAGCGCUGCAGGACAGAAGGAGUCGUCCAAAAAGGCCUCACCGCGCAAGUCCCUGCACCAACGGAAGAGGAUCGAAAUGGAAAGCGACGGUUCCACGGAGGAGACCGAUUCUUCUGAGAAUUAAAGGAACAGUUCACCUAAAAAUGAAAAUUUAUUUACUCAUCCUCAAGUUGUUCCAAAUCUGUAUAAAUGUCUUUGCUCUGAUGAACACAGAGAAAGAUAUUUGGAAGAAUGCUUGUAAUCAAACAGUUCCUUUGCCACCAUUGACUCCCAUAGUAGGAAAAAUGAAAAUGGUAGUUAAAAGUGCCCCAUGAACGGUUUGCUUUCUUACAUUCUUCAAAAUAUCUUCUAUACAGUAUAGAAUAUUUCUUCAGUUGAACACAAAAGAAGAUAUUUUGAAGAAUGUAGGAAAGCAAACCGUUCAUGGGGAACUUACCAUUUUCAUU